GUUGUGUCAGGACGGGCUGGUGAAGCGGUCGUCUGCAAACAAAUGACACUCGGGUCAUUGACGAUCACAAAACUAUGAUGGUGUCGAGCGACUCGGCUGGUGCAGGCAUGGAUACCGUUUCUCAUUCCAAAUACCCGGCGCUGGUUGUCCUCUGCGCCGUCGCUGCUCUGUCGGGGACCCGCAGUUCAGUGGCUUCUGCCGGGAGAAGCUGCUCUGACACCCGGCAGGUGUACUCGGAAAAGGGCUACAGCACAAGCACCGCUCCCACAACCCAAAUCUCCGGGGAGCAUCUACGCCUCUGUCCUCAGGACUACACCUGCUGCUCCAGUCAGAUGGAGGAAGUCCUGUCACUCCAGAGCGGACGAGACUUCAUCAAAGCCGUGGAAGACAACAGCCAGUUCCUGCUGACCACAUUCACACAGAGGCAUCGCAGAUUCGAUGAGUUCUUCAGAGAACUGAUAGACCUGUCGGAGAAGACCAUGAACCAGAUGUUCACCAAAACCUACGGACGGCUCUUCACACAGAAUGCACAUGUUUUCCAGGAGCUGUUCGUGGAGCUUCGCAGAUAUUACUCUGGGGGCAGUGUGAGUCUCUCUGAGGUCCUGUCUGACUUCUGGUCCCGGCUGGUGGAGAAGGUCUUCUCUCUGGUCAACCCCCAGUACCAGUUCAGCGAAGACUAUUUGGAAUGUGUGAGCAAGCAUGCCGAGCAGCUGCAGCCUUUUGGAGAUGUGCCCCGAAAACUACGUGUGCAGGUGUCCAGAGCUUUCAUCGCAGCCAGAGCGCUUUCCCAGGGAUUGGCGACGGGCCGGGACAUAGUCAACAAAGCAACAAAGCUGACGGCAGAUUCGGAGUGUGUGCGUGGCCUGAUGCGUCAGUGGUAUUGCCCUCUGUGCCGGGGUCUGCCCUCCCUGCGCCCGUGCCACUCCUUGUGUCUCAACGUGAUGAAGGGCUGUUUAGCCAACCAGGCUGACCUGGAUACAGAAUGGAACAAUUUCAUUGACGCUCUCUACCAGGUAUCAGAAAAGUUGGAGGGGCCAUUCAACAUGGAGCUGGCUGCCGACUCCAUCUCAGUCAAAGUAUCUGAAGCCAUCAUGUAUAUGCAGGAAAACAGUGUCAGCAUCUCCACAAAGAUAUUCCAGGGCUGUGGAAACCCCAGACCUUCUCAGGGACGGUACCAACGCUCCCUCAAAGAAUCACCCAGCAGCAAGAGACCGUUUCGCAACUUCAGCCCAGAAGAAAAGCCCACCACGGCUGCAGGGACCAACCUGGACCGACUGGUGACUGAACUGAAAGAGCGACUGCGGCCCAUGAGGAGCUUCUGGGUGUCCCUCCCACACACCAUCUGCAACGAUGAAAAGAUGGCCGCCGACGUCACUAAUGAGGACCGCUGCUGGAACGGGCAGACCCGGGGGAGGUACCUGCCUGACGUGAUGGGCGACGGCCUGGUGAACCAGAUCAAUAACCCAGAGGUGGAGGUGGACGUGGCCAAGCCAGAUGUGAGAACCAGACAGCUGAUCAUGGAGUUGAGGGUGGUGACCAACAAGCUGAGACACGCGCAGAGUGGCCAGGACAUGGACUUCAUGGACAGUGAGGACAGCAGUGGUUCCGGAGGUGGGUACACGGGCGACCGGUACAAUGACGACUGGCCGGGCUACGGCCCGCACUCGCCAUCCUUCAACAAACCAGCACGCAACCCUUCGGCCAGCCCCGCCAAGCCUCCCCGGGCCCGAGACAAGUCCGGGUCUAAGUGGAACAAAAGCAACGGUCGCGCCACUUCUGGAACAAAAAGGCUGACCGUCUCCUUGCUCCCUCUAUUGUCCAUGUCACUUACACUCGCCUGGUGGAGAUAGCUGACUAUUGCUUUGUGGUAAGAGAGGAGCGUUUCUUUUUGAGCACAACAGAAGGACACACCAGCAGAACAAAAUGAUUAAGCGAUAAUCAAAAACACAGCACAAAACAUUCUUACUGCCUAAGCCACUAAACUUGCACAAAAUUGACCAUUAUAUUUGAACCUUACCUGUUUUUAGAAACCUGUUUUUGAGUUGUAGACAAAACCAAGAUGGCGUUGGUGAUGGACCUGAACUUUUUUUUUUCAAAUUGUCCGUCUCUGAGUUAAAUCUUUGUCUUCUUGCUAUGACUCGAGAGUUUUAGCAAAUGGUAAGUUUAACUCAAGUUAAAGCACAUUGUUUUAUACUUAGCUUUUUCUCAUGGCAAGGUGUGAAUUUUAUUAUUUAUGGCUUUGUAUUUAAAUGUUGAAACGUGUCACAGGGACAACUUACAGACCAAACGGUUGAAUUUGAAUGUAUUUACCAGCUUAACUUUUUUUUGUGUUCUGAAACGCCCCCUGUUGGAAAAAUGUAUUUAUUAUUAACUUAUAUUUUCAUUUACAGAGGCAUUUUGCAUUUACUUGAGAAAAGAUUUUGCUAAAUAAUGAGAAUGAAAACUUGAAUCAGAUAGUUUUUUGAAACUAUAUCUGGCAAAAAAACAGGUUCUAAAUUAUUUGUACAAAGCUGGAAACCUGCUUUCUAUUUAUUAGCUAUCUAAUCACAAAUGAAAACACUCUCAGUGAACCUAAUCUUAUUUGGUUAAUCAUGUUUGCUAAUUUCUGUGAGUUUUGAAAAAUAAAUGAAUGGACAAAUAAAUAAUAAUGAUCAAGAAGCCAGCAGUUUGACCUCAAGUACAUAUUAACUCAAAAUAAUCUUUUCGAUUGGGAUUCUCUUAUUUAAAAAUAUAAAUAUAUCAUGGCUAUAACUACAAGGUCUUGUGUGGACAAUUUGAAUUAAUUCCAAGAAACAUUUUAGAAUUGUAUUAUUAUUUUUAUUUAUUAAAAAUAAAAUAAUAUCCAAAAAUAUUUGUUGGUCAUCAAUUAUACAAAAAAAAGGAAACAUACAUAGAAAGAUGUUUUGAAGGACAAUACUACCGUUUUUUGCCUCUCAAUAAGAAAAAAAAAAUCAUGAUGAAACAUUUUUUUAUAUCUUCAAAAACCAUCAUACCAUACCAUACCACUCUCAGCUCUAUCUUUGAAUGUGAAUCGCUGCAGUAUUUUAUCGGAGGGGUAUUUGUUCCAUGAAGAUUCAUCAACCAUCAACAGAAACAAGUCAAAUGAGAUUAGAAUAUGAAAAAAAAACCAAUAGUAAGACAAAACAAAACAUUCACUUCCUCAAGUCUUUGCAAUAAACCUCUUUUGAUAAUCAGUUAUUCUAAACAACCAGGUUUCCCAGCUGCUUCUGUGUUUAAGUCUGACACCAGUUUUUUUUUUAUUUUUUUUAAUCAGUUUUGUUAUAAAUGUUGUUUAAAAAAAACAAAACAAAACAAAACAAAAAGUAACCAGACCGGAACACCAACUCGUUUUUCAGUGUGUGAAGAGAGAGAUGAAGAAGAAGGGGUUUGUUUCUAUAUAUUUACUGAGUGACUGACUUGAUUUGAUUUCAAUAUGGGGCAAAAUAUGUCCAUUUUUUGCAAAUGAUAUUCCGUUGGCUUCAUUCAACGGAGACCUUCACUUGACCAACUGUGACCGACACAAUGUUUUACAAUGGGAAUCAAAACGCUGAAGCAGAUGCUGGCUGAGUUAGGCUCAUUUAUACACUACUGUAUUUGAGUAGAUGGUCUAUGUGUUUGUUUUUAAUAUCAGCUUUCCUCAUGUCAUUGUGUGGUUUGAACGACUGACACUAAAACAAACCUGAAACAAAUGUCUGAUUGACUUUUCUGUUAAAUGAAGACUGAUCGUUUUCACCAAGAUUACAAGGGGACAGGGGGUCUGGGGAGGAGGUGGGUUGUGAGCUCCAUAAUGCGCUGGCUUAUGCAGCUCCAUUGAUCCUGUCCCUCAUAUUUGCUUUGCAAUACUUCCCUUCACAAUAAAUGUGGUUGCUUCAGGACUCCAACCAUCAUGGUUUAUAUUAACUUAAUGUCAGUUUAAUAGAUAUCUCUACAUACUAUACACUGUCUUUACAUUUAACCAGUUGUAAAUAUUUCAAUGAAUACAUGUGGAAGUAUCCUGAACUAAUGCUGCAGACACUGUUAUUGUGAAAAGGGUGAAUCUAAUCUUUCAUUGAUUUGAGGAGUAAUGUUUUGCUCCAUCUCUAGCUCAAAACAUUUCCUAAAGAAAUGACGUCAAACAUUUUCUAUUAAAUGCCUGAUCAACCAAGGUAAAGGUACCUUUUAUCUGUAUUCUGAUGCAUGAUUUUUUUUCUUAAUUGUUUAAGUAGAAAUGAAAUGUCUUCCCUAUGAAAAUCAAUUCCAAAAGUCAUUUUUAAAUAUUGUACAGUUUUUUUUUAAUGCAAAAAUCUGAAUGUCGCACUCCUUGAAAUGUAAAACCAGCUGUUUACUGCUUUUUCUAACAACGGUUGCACUACUCCCAUAAAUGCCCACUAGUCUCCACUUCUCUCUUACAGUCCAUCGUGGUGGUGACCGUGAAGACACACUCUUCAUGUUGUAAAAAACUUUGCUGAACAAGUGAUACUUUCUGCUUCAUUAAAGCGGUGUACAAGAUCGGGUUCAUAUUGUUCAAGAAAAGUUACGGAAAAACAUUAAAAUGACAUAGAAUUUCAUGAGUUUAGAAGAGCGAGCUGCGUAAGUGUCACUGGAUCUUCCUUGUGAGAAUGUUUCUUGUGGAGGUUUUUGGCCCAGUCAGUCUAGAGAAACAAAAGAAAACAGAAGAUUUGAGCACAGAUGAAAAUAACAAUGACUAAGAUUGACUCUUGUUGUCAAUCAG